CAAAGGAGGGUGGUGUUGGCUUUUUGCGCUCCGAACGGCCCUUCAUCAUGCGGCUGUGGCGCACCUAGACAACGCCCAUCCCGGCAGUGGCUGGAGGCAAACGACUAAGCAGCUGGAGGUGUCUCUGGCCAGUGGGAGGACACCCAAGCGAGCAUCAGUCGCAACCCCACGCGAGAGCCUGAAAACUGCAGCCAGAUGACGCCGUAGAUCCGGACUGAAAAAAGACUUUCUACUGAGAGACUUCUUAUUUGUAGUACACGUCUCCCAUUCUGCGGCGCACUCAUGGGGAAAACCCGACGUUAUGUCUUGUAAAGGAGACGAAGUAAAAGAUGAUACGAUGGCGAAAGGCGCUAUAUAGCCCGAUCGUAAAGUGCCAAGCACCAAAGCGAGGAGACCAACCCCGCGUUUGAAAGUCUGACGCCAGGCGGCACUGCAAGUCGAGGAAGUGAAGUCGAAGCCAAGCACUGUUCUGCGUAGGGGAAGCAAAUAGGAACACCGGUAGAGUCGCGACCGCUAGCAGCUGGGGAGCGGGGAAGAAACAGGGCCGCGCGAGUUCGCUCCUUUCGGCCCGGAGCUGUUGUUCAUCGCGGCGCUUCUCCGUACGGGCUGAGCCACCAGCAGAAGCAGCAAGUCGACAGGAAGCAGCCGCCCGCGCGCGGCAACAUGGCGGAGAGCGCAGGGGAGGAGGCGGCGGCUCACCAGGCUGUGGCCCCCGGCACCGCACCCGCCCCUGCCAUCAGCCUCGGUCUCGGCCUCCAGCUCCUUCCCGGCCCCGAGCUGCUUGUGUCCGCCCCUGGCCUUGGCACCGGGACCCCCGCCGCUGCCAUCCUGGACCAGACUCCUCCCGGCCUGUUGGUCGGGGCGGCCCCUGGCAUGGGGCUGGGGGUAAGCGGGCCCCCGAGUCUGACGGGCGUCGGAGUGGGCGGACUCGCCGGGACGGGAGCGGGGGCCGGACUGUUGCCGCAGCUGCACUCAACCUUUUGGGACCCGACCGUGAGCACCGACUGGGACAACGAGAAGCCGAGUCAGCAGUGCAUCUUACGGAUCAAGAGAGAUAUCAUGUCUAUUUACAAGGAGCCACCCCCAGGCAUGUUUGUAGUUCCAGAUCCCCAUGACAUGACUAAGAUCCACGCACUUAUCACUGGGCCAUUUGACACCCCCUAUGAAGGUGGCUUCUUCCUGUUCCUUUUUCGAUGUCCUCCAGACUACCCAAUACACCCUCCACGAGUAAAGCUCAUGACUACGGGAAAUAACACAGUCCGCUUCAACCCCAACUUCUACCGCAACGGGAAGGUGUGCCUCAGUAUCUUGGGAACAUGGACUGGGCCUGCCUGGAGUCCUGCUCAGAGUAUCUCAUCAGUGUUGAUCUCCAUACAGUCCUUAAUGACAGAGAAUCCAUAUCACAAUGAGCCUGGCUUUGAACAGGAAAGGCAUCCGGGUGAUAGCAGAAAUUACAAUGAGUGUAUUCGUCAUGAAACCAUGCGAGUUGCAGUCUGCGAUAUGCUGGAUGGCAAGUGUCCUUGUCCUGAGGCCUUGUGGAGUGUGAUGGAGAAAUCUUUCUUGGAGUACUAUGAUUUCUAUGAGGGAGCAUGCAAGGAAAGGCUGCACUUACAAGGACAGACUUUACAGGACCCAUUUGGAGAAAAGAGAGGCCACUUUGACUAUCAGAGUCUACUCAGUCGUCUUCAAGCCAUCCAGCAGAGGCUCAAGGAGAAAUGCCAGGACGAGAAUGACUUAGACACAGAUUCGGACUCCAGCUCCUCAGGGACAGACCCGGACAGUCAAGGCAGUUCCAAGCCUUAAGCUGCUUGGAGUGAGGCAAGAAAAAGAACAUUCUAGAACAGAAAGCUUUGUUGUUUUUCCCCCCCUUUCUUUCUUUAAGAAGCAGACUGUUCUAACUUCACCACCUUAUGAAAUGUUCCUCUAAGAAGGCACAGACGUGGUGAACCUCAGUAGCACAGUUUAUGAAAACCAUUAUAGUGAACAAGAGGAAAGGAACGUUGACGUUCCCCACAGGCCUGGAAGCAGUGGAGGGGGAAAAAAAAAUAAAGCUCUCGGGGUGGGGUGGGCUGGGGGUAUAGCUCUGGAAGGGAGAGCACUGGGAUGUGUUUGCCUCCAGUUGUUUUUGGGACAUCAAACCAGGAAAGGCCAGACGAGGGCAAGCAAGGAUGAAGUCAAGGGCUUGAAAUACUUUGUCUUUUCACACUCUUUCACUCUCUCUGUGUCUCUUUCUUUCCUACACCAAUGUCAGAUUCAUUAAAAUUUUGCCUGGGAGCUCCAAAUUGUCUUGACAUCUUCAAAGAGCAGGACCCAUUGAUGUUUUUAAUAAGAAUUGCUUAAAGCGUCUACGACAAGCAGCCUCUGUGGCAGUAUGCUAGGUAUUUUUUUGUUUUUUUAAUAAUCCGCCAGAAGAAAUUACAAUAGCAGUUUAUUUAUUUAUUUUAUUUUUUUUGCAAUCUGAAAUUAAAAAUUAAAAAAGAAAAAAAAAAUGCAAAUUAAGGUAAGGACUGUGUUCUCCAGUAAGACCCAAUGUCAAUUUCCCCCUAAUGUAAAAAGGGUUACCUGUCUCAAAGACAACAAACUAAGAAGUUGCACGCAGGACAAUUCUAGUCUAUUUGUUUAGUGACAUCUCUAUCCAUCCAUCCAUCCAUCCAUCCAUUUUCCAACCCGCUGAAUCCGAACACAGGGUCACGGGGGUCUGCUGGAGCCAAUCCCAGCCAACACAGGGCACAAGGCAGGAACCAAUCCCGGGCAGGGUGCCAACCCACCGCAGGACUAGUGACAUCUCAUGUUCUUAAAACACAAGCAUGUCUUUUUGUUUUUAACAUGAGGCUGACCUUAUUAAAUAUGAAGGUUGGCUUAGUAAAGCCAUACAAAUAAAGGCUAAGGGUAUAAGUGGAACUGACUUGAGUACACAGCCAUGCAUCACACCAAUAAUUUGGAUGUAUUCAUAUUGUGCUGAAUAAAUCCUGCAGAGUGUGGGCGUCUGCGUGUUUGUGGAAUAAAGACAAGAACAACAUUGGGAGAUUGUCUUGAAGUUGGAAUAUGGAGUUGUACUUGAGGGCUGGGUGCAUUGAUGCCUUUGUGGCCCUCAGUGACAUAUUCUAGUUUUGGUUGUACGCUAUGUACACACAUGCACAUACUAUUUUAUCCCACCAUUCAGCUCACAUUUCCAGACCUAUACAGUGGAACCUCAGUUUGCGAGCAUAAUUUGUUCCAGAAACGUGCUCGCAGUCCAAAGCACUCGUAUAUCAAAGUGAAUUUCCCCAUAAGAAAUAAUGGAAACUCAGAUGAUUCGUUCCACAACCCAAAACUAUUCAUAUAAAAAUGAUUAAUACAAAAUAUAAAGUAAAAAUACAUAAAACAAAUUAACCUGCACUUUACCUUUGAAAAGAAUCAUGGCUGGUUCUAAACUCUUGUGGGAUUCCACCCAACGGGACGACACGCGGAAGAGCAUCCCAAAGCAAUCGCAGUCUGCCAGUGCUGUAGCAGUUCGCUGUAAAAGCGAAUCCGAAAAGAUCGCGGACAUGCUAUAAACGCCUGCCGUCAUCAAUGGGUGAUACAAGGAACAUUAUAAAUGCGCAGGGCACAGUACUACUUGGCCUCGACUCUGCAUGACUGCUAUGUCUGUAUAUAGGAGAGCCGCAGAUCCCGCUACAAUAAAUAACCGCACUUUUGCUGUUUCAAGCUGAAUAAAGCUGGUGUUGCUAAAGUACUGAGACUCCGCUUCGUGUUUUGGGGUGCAAGACGGGGACUCGCACGUCACAGCACACACACACAGUCACAAUGCUGUAGUAAACAGUAUACGCUCGUAUGGAAGUUGACUAUAUGAGUGAUGCACGCCGUCUCAGAUGGAGAAUAGGAGACGAUUGCCCACAAUCCCGCAGCGCGAGAGAGAGAACCACCAUCGGCUCAGUUGUGAUCACAUGAUGCUCGGCAGACAAAGCGUAUACAUACUACUUGUACUGCAAGACCGCGCUCAUUUAUCAUGUCAAAAUUUAUUAAAAAUUUUAGCUCGUCUUGCAAAACACUCGGAAACCAAGUUACUCGCAAACCGAGGUUCCACUGUAUAUUUAAAUCGUGUCCACAAGCAAUUUCACUUCUUGGAUUUUAGAUUUUUUUUUUUUUUAAUGAAUUCUAAUGUUCUCCUAAUUUGUCUUACAUUUUUGUACAUCUAACUUAUGAACUGACACCUCGACAUGUGAUCAGGUAGUUUCAGUAUGGCUAAGAUGCUUGCAUACGUGUGCCGAGGGUAGCCUGUAUUUUUCAGUCUGUUGUUUCACUUUAGUCAUGAGUAAAUUAGAAAAUUUUGGACACAUUUGGCACUCGGGUAACUUAAGUAGUGACGUCCCAGGCCGCAUAGCGCACGACAUGUUUCCAUAUGGACAGAAUACAAGCGUGUAUUACUUUAUUUUACCUUAUGUUUUAAAUCACUCUCCUUAAGUAAAAAGGCAAAUCAGUACAGUUGACAUAUACGCUACCCCCAAUUAUUUUGGAAGUUUUACAGGACACCAUGUGAAACUCAAAUCACCACUAUCUUUGAUUUUUAAUUUCUUACAUGUCCCUUUGUAAUGUAAAGAAAUUACACUUCAUAAAAAAUGUUUAAAGUUGUUAGAGCCACGUUUAGCCUUAGGAAGGAGGCCCAUGCCAGUUCUGAACAGCUGGCACUAACACUGCACUGUAUAAUAAAGAUGAAUGUGCCACA